AUGCAAGAGCAGCUCGAGAUUGAGAUCGAGGAUGAACAGCAACAGCCGCUUUACCCCUCGCCGGAGAAAGCGGACGAUGAGGCGCGGGGAGAUAGGGUCGCUAUUUAUGUGGCUUAUCUUGGUGCCUUCCUGACAAGCACCGACAACUCCAUCGUCACAGCAACGUACGAAAUCAUCGCGUCGGAUUUCAAUCGCCAAGCGCAGGGGAUAUGGCUGCUGAUCGGGUAUAAGCUGGGUUAUUGCAUUUCGGUGCCGCUGUAUGGUGCGCUGAGCGAUGUCUUUGGCUGUAAACGCGGGAUUCUCUUCGCUACCGUCAGUAACGAGCUGGUGUGGCUUAUCGUGGGCAGGAUCAUCAGUGGUGUUGGCGGCGCAGGCAUGACGAUCCUCACGUCGGUGCUGAUCACAGAUAGUGUACCGUCCAGCGAGGUGGCGCUCUUGCGGAGCUACAAACGGUCGCUGAAUAUGGCAGGGCAAGGGUUCGGAGCUCCGCUGGGAAGUCUGAUCACCGAGACGGUGGGAUGGCGAUGGGCCUUCGCAGGCCGUCUGCCCAUCGUCGUCGCAUGUGCCUGGCUAGCAAAUCGACACACCCGCGACGAUAUCCCACCCCGCACCAAAGGCGUCAGCAAGUACGAAGACUUGAAACAUAUCGACUACGCGGGGAUUGUGUGUCUGUCUAUCGCGAUUGCGACCCUUGUGCUGGCUAUCAAUGGGGGUGUUGGUUCCGUGUGGAGGGUGGGUUUUGCGGUCGUGUGUGUCGCGACUUCGGUGUUGUUUGUUUGGUUGGAGCUGGCAUGGGCAAAGAAGCCGUUAAUACCCUUGACAAUGGUUCAGGAUGUGGGGAUGUUUUGGCUGGCCCAGUUGUUUACGUUUGGGGGGCGCGAGGGGUUACGAGCCAACCUCGUCCCGUAUCUCACCAAAGUCCACGAUCUCGACACCACACUCGCAUCUUUAUACAUUGGGUUCAUGAGCUUGGGGAACUCCAUGGGAGGGAUCGCAUCUGGACUGGUCAUGAAACGGUACAAACGAUACCACGCUAUGUCAGUCGUCAGUAUCCUGAUUAGCAUUCCACUGAAUGUUCUUCUGUGUUUCGUUUGGAGCCGAGGAACGUCCGCCUGGGGCUCCCUCGUUGUCAUUCCGAUGGGAAUCGCCAACGGGAUCAUCAGCUCGGCACAGUUCGUCGGCAUGACCGCGCGGUCAGAGCAGGGAUCAUCGACAUCGGCGAUUGGCGCGUAUCAUCUUUUUCAACGCUUGGGAUCGAUCAUCGGGACGGCUGGGGCGUCUGCGGUGGUACAUGCCUUGUUCAAGAGGUCCGUCUUUGGCCGGAUGGAUGCGAAGUCGGCAAGGGAGAUCAUCGGCCAGGUGUUGAAAGACUCGAAGUAUCUGUGGACUCUGCCCGCUGUGACGCAGCAGGUUGUCCGGUCGUGCUUCAAUGAUGGGUAUCAGUUUGUGCCGGUUCUGACGAUGCUGUCUCUCCUCGUUGUCACUCCGUUUAUCAUUUUCACCAAAGAGCAGCGAUUAAAUUAG